AUGGCCUCGCUCAACACGUCCACAAACGGGCCCAACAUCACCCGCAGCUACCAGAAUGUCAUCAACACCGCGCCGCCCUCCGGCCCCCAGGCAAGCUCCCCCACAUACGGUCAAUGGGCCGUCUUCGCCGUCGCUGCCCCGCUUGUCAGCGCAUUCCAGCACGAUGGAGGGAAAGAGAGCGUCCUCAAGGUCCAGAGCACCGGAGAGGGUGAAUUGCUCGACCUGGUGGACGAGUUCUCCGACGGCCGCAUCCAGUUCGCCUUCGUCAAGGUCAAGGACCCCAACUCGUCGUUGCCUAAGAACGUCCUGAUUGCCUGGUGCGGUGAAGGCGUCCCAGAGCGGACAAAGGGCUACUUUGGCAGCCACCUCGGUGUCGUUUCCAAGCUCCUCCACGGCUACCACGUCCAAGUCACCGCUCGCUCCGACGCCGACCUGACCCCUGAACGCAUCAUCCAGAAGGUUUCUGAUGCCUCGGGCGCAAAGUACUCGGGCGGUGCAGACAUACCCUCGGGCGGCCCGCCUCCUGUGGCCUCCAAGAAGCCCGUCUUCACGCCCACAUCCGUCCGAGGUGGCAGCACCGCAUUCAACCCACUCGGACGCGCAAGAGCACCUGCGCCAAGGCGCGAUGAGGAUGCAGAUGGCUGGGGUGCCGAUGCUCCAGAGGUCACCCGCUCGCAGCUCGAGAAGGUGGGCUCUGCAUACAAGCCCACCAAGGUCAACAUGGCCGAGCUUUCCAAGGGAAGGGACGAGUCCACCCGCUCCACGCCCUCGCACUCGCAGAAUGACCGGCCAGAGGUGGUCAGGGGCGCAUAUCAGCCAAUCGGCAAGGUCGACAUCGCCGCUAUCCGAGCCCAGGCAAAGGAGCAAAAGGACGACCGACCCACCGUAGUCAAGGGCGCAUACGAGCCGGUCGGAAAGGUGGACAUUGCGGCCAUCCGUGCAAAGGCUGCAGGUGCACCGGCCUCCUCGGGUCCGUCGCCCGCAGCAACGGGCGCAUCCAACACCAAUGACGACGACGAGGAACGGCCCAAGUCGCUUGCAGAGCGCUCUUCGGCUUUCAGCAGCCAACCUGAGCGGCUCACCAGCCUGCCGAAGCCAAAGGUCGCAAACAAGUUCGCUGGAGCAAGCGCCUUCACCGGCACAAAGGCACCUGCACCAGGCGGUUUCUCUGCACCCAGGCCUGCUGCGUCUGCGCCAAUCGGUGCUGCCAGCAAGACCUUUGCCGAUGAGGGAGGCAAGACCCCAGCACAGAUCUGGGCAGAGAAGAAGGCUGCUCGCGGUGAAAACGUCAACACGCCCGCUGCGACAACGCCCAUGCAGCCCCAACAAAGCGGAGGGGGUGGAUGGAAGAGCGGCUAUGCAGGCAAAUCGUGGGCACCCGUCCAGACCACUCGCACAGGCCAGUCAGCCAGCAACCUCAGCGAACAGCGUACCGGUGACGCGCCUCAGGAACAGGAGGAACCUGCUUCGCCGUCCGCUGGUGGUGUAGGCUCUCUCAAGGACCGUUUUGCUGGUGCUGCGCCCAUGGGCGCUCCUACAUCUCGAUCUGCUGAGCCCCAGGCCCCCAGCCCGCCCGUUCUGGACAACGCCAGCAAGCCGAACGCAGGCGCACGCGGUGUCCCGAUGCCUGGUCUGCCCAGCCGUCCCAAGGAGCCCGAAUCCGAGGACGAGGACGAUGUGCCAGCAACGCAGCACCAGCGACUUCCUUCGCCGCCGCGCCAGGCGCGCAGCCCGUCUCCUGAGCCUUCAGGCUCUCCAGUGCGCAUCGCUAUGCCUGUAGCUCGUGGAAGGGAGCCCGAACCGCUUUCGCCUGCAGAGGAGCAGCCCCCCGCUAUGCCCAACCGCUCGCUUGCACAGGCUGCUUCGCAAGCCCGCGAUGUUUCCCCAGAGCCAAAGGUCGAGGCAAAGGAUCCUGCUCGUAGCGCAGGUGUUGCCGUCGCCGCCGGCACUUUUGGAGCUGCUGCAGUGGUUGGCGCCGCCGCUGGUGCAGCUUUGGGUUCCUCUGCACAGGAGGACAGCGGUGCUGGCGCCGGUGCUGGUAAGCGUGCUGUCAUUCUCUACGACUACGAGAAGGCCGAAGACAACGAGGUCGAGCUUCGUGAGGGCGACCACGUUAGUGAUAUCGAUAUGGUAGAUGAGGACUGGUGGAUGGGCACCAACUCCCAGGGCGAGCGUGGUCUCUUCCCUGCGAACUAUGUCGAGCUUGUUGAAGGCGACGACGAUGCAGGCGCCGCACCUCCGCUGCCCUCGCAUCCGUCUGCUCCUCAGGAGGUCGAGCCUCCUGCUGCCGCCCCACAGCCCGCUCAUAGUGCUGGUCCCACCGCUACAGCGAUUUACGACUACGAUGCUGCCGAGGACAACGAGCUUAGCUUCCCGGAGGGCGCCACGAUUACAGGAGUCGAGUUCCCCGAUGAGGAUUGGUGGCUCGGAAACUUCAAUGGCGCAUCGGGUCUGUUCCCGGCCAACUAUGUCCAGCUCGACGAGUAA